AUGGAAGGCUUUGUGGAAGAUUUUGGAGAGGAAUGGAUUUGGAAGGAAAUGGAUAUCUUGGAUGCAGUGGUGUAUCUCAACUUCUCAUAUUUCAGUGUUGUUUUAUCUAAACUGAUUGAGGAUGUUGUUAAGAGAGGACAAUUGGAUGGUUUUCAAGUAGCAGAGAAUGGUGUUAUGAUAACAAAUCUACAGUUUGCUGAUGAUACUUUGAUCUUUGUGGAUGCUAGUGUUGAUGAGAUAAGAAGAUUACUAUUAAUUCUUAACACUUUUGAGCUUCUCACAGGUAUGAAGCUGAAUUUGGAAAAGAGUUCAAUGAUUAGUGGGGGGGAAGAUGAUAUGGUGAAGGAUUUGGCUAUGGAAUUGGGUUGUAAAGUGGAAAAAUUGCCUUUCAAGUAUUUAGGACUGCCUGUUGGAGCUACUGCAAGGAAUGCUACUGUGUGGGAAGAGGUGAUUCAAAGAAUGGAAAGAAAGCUGGCAACAUGGAAGAAGAAGUAUCUGAACAAAGCUGGCAGGUUAGUGUUGAUUAGAAGUUGUCUCUCAAGUUUGCCAAUUUACUUUCUUUCUCUCAUUAAAAUGCCUGCAAUGGUGAAGUUGAAAUUAACAUGA